AUGGCCAAGUGUCACCGGAACAAUGUCGAUUCACUCAUCCUUCACCGCAUUCCGUCCGCUUCUUCCUCCACCUCCGGGAACGUCUUCUCCGGAUCGACAUUCCGCAGGAUAAUCUUCGACGCCAUUAGCUGCGGCGGUAGCUCUCGUUAUCGACGGAACCUCCGAGAAGAAGAAGACGACGAUGAAGAUAAAACCGAAUCUACAAAAACUAAUAUCGCGACGAGUGAUCCAAAACCUGCAACGAUCGGAGAGGAACCAGAGACGCUCAGCGAUCUGUUAAACUCAACGAAGAUGGAGACGGAGAAGAAGACGGAGGAGCAAACGAUGGAGAUUAUGAAUCGCGUGGUUAGGGAUUUACAAUCGGAGUGUGGAGACGACGGCGAGAAGAAAACAGCGGCGGCGAGUGAGGUCCGGUCGUUAGCGAGGGAUGACACGGAGGCGAGAGUUACACUCGCGACGCUCGGCGCGAUUCCUCCGCUGGUCAACAUGAUCGACGAUUCACCAAUCGAAGAUUCUCAGAUCGCUUCACUCUACGCUCUUCUCAACCUCGGGAUCGGCAACGACGCGAACAAAGAAGCAAUUGUUAAAGAAGGAGCUCUUCACAAAAUGCUAAAGCUAAUCGAAUCAUCAAAACCACCAAACCAAGCAACAACCGAAGCAAUCGUCGCGAAUUUCCUCGGUUUAAGCGCAUUAGACUCAAACAAACCGAUCAUCGGCGCCGCCUCCGGUGCAAUCACAUUCCUAGCGAAAACCCUCUCGGAAGAAACAAGCAGCUCGCAAGCCAGAGAAGACGCUCUCAGAGCUCUCUACAACCUCUCAAUCCACCACCAGAACGUCUCCUCCAUCCUCGAAACCGAUCUGAUUCCGUUCCUCUUGAACACGUUAGGAGACAUGGAAGUGAGCGAGAGGAUCCUCGCAAUCUUAACCAACGUAGCAUCAGUCUCCUCAGGCCGGAAAGCGAUCGGAGCAGCGACGGAAUCGAUUCCGAUUUUGGUCGACGUGUUGAACUGGAGUGAUUCAGUGAAAUGUCAAGAGAAAGCUAUUUACAUUCUCAUGUUAAUGGCUCACAAAGGGUAUGGAGACCGAAAGGCGAUGAUCGAAGCCGGGAUUGAGUCGUCGUUGCUUGAGUUAACGCUUGUGGGGAGUGCCUUGGUGCAGAAGCGAGCUUCGAGGAUAUUAGAGUGUUUGAGAGUGGUGGACAAAGGGAAGCAAGUCUCGGCUCCGAUUUACGGAACUUCUUUUGCUUCUGCUUCGUCGUCUUCGUUGGGUAGAGUGAAGGAUGAGGUUAGGAUGAGUGAUGAGAGGAGAGCAGUGAAGCAGUUGGUGGAACAGAGUUUACAGAGCAACAUGAAGAGGAUUGUCAAGAGAGCUAAUUUACCACAGGAGUUUGUUGUUACUACUGAUACUUCACAACAUUUCACAAAGAGCUUAACUUUUUAG